AUGAAGCUUUCAUUCACUCUCACUACCUUAGCAGCGGUAGCCUCAGCCUUCCCAGCCAUUGAUACCGUCAAUGAAGCUGCGCUGUUGAAGGCUGCUAAGCUUGCUGCGCGAACCGUCAAGAUCCUGGAAGCAGAGGAUUCCCAGGCCGCUAGAGCCGCUCAAAAUGUGCGACGCUCGUUGCCUCUUCCACAAGAUGCCCUGGGCAUCAGCGGAGCAGAGACCAACUGCGGACCAACCAUACCAUGCCCUGCAUUCGAUGCCAAGGAUCAAUAUGUGUCCAUCGAGGGUGAACAUGCCUACGCAGCUCCUGGGGAAGACGAAAUCCGCGGUCCCUGCCCCGGACUCAAUGCCGCUGCCAACCAUGGCUACUUGCCUCGCUCUGGAGUUGCUUCAAUCGAAGAGACUGUGCGUGGCAUGAACAAAUUGUACAACAUGGGAAUCGAUCUAGCCGCCGCUCUCGCAGCAUAUGCAAUUGUGAUUGAUGGUGACCUGCUCGGUGGAACUUGGUCCAUCGGUGGUCCUCAGCAGUCUGAUCCUCUUGUGCCCAUCCUCGGAAAUGGUCAAGGUCUUUCUUACUCACACAAUAGCUACGAGGGAGACAGCUCGAUUGGACGCCUCGAUGCCUUCACUAACAACGGAGAUGCUCACUCGCUUUCCAUCGAGAAGUUCGAGGCUGUCUAUGCCGUUGGUGGAAACGAUACCUCGGAAGAGGGCUAUGACCAGCGUUACACUAUCGACAAAUUCCGCAGUCGGUUCGAGGAGGUUCAGCAGCACUCCAUUGACACCAACCCAUACUACUUCACCGGCGCAUUCUCCACGGUAGUGGUUGUACCUGCAGCGUACAACUUCGUCAUCAACUUCAUGUCCAAUCACUCCGAGGAACAUCCCUCCGGAUAUCUGGAUGGCUACAACUUCAAGCAAUUCUUUGGUGUGACUGGCUCCCCAGGCUCAUUCAAGUGGAACAGGGGCCAGGAACGUAUUCCUGAGAAUUGGUACAAACGCCCCACGAUCUCACCAUACAACUUGGCCGAUGUCUUCGUGGAUGUUGGCAUCGGAUACCUGGCAUACCCGAACACCCUCAAGAUUGGCGGAAACACCGGAAAGGUCAACUCUUUCACUGGUGUCAAUGUUGAAGAUCUCACGAAUGGCGUACUGAAUGCCAAAAACCUGUUUGAAGGCGACAACUUUGCGUGUUUCGCGUUUGUUCUUCUUCAACAAGGUAUCCCCCAUUUCCUCAAGGGACCAUUGGAGGAAAUCAACAACGCGACUUCAUUCUUGACGCCUUUCCUCUCGCCACUUCUUGAUAAGCUCAAUUGCCCGGAGCUUGGCAAGUUUGAUCAAAGUCUGUUCAAUGACUUCCCCGGUCACAAAUAUAGUCCGACAGGACCAGCGACGAACUAUUAA